GGCCCCGGGCCGACAGCCCAGGGUCCAGCGGGGACUUCAGCACCCAGAGCCGCCCCUUCGGCGCCUCCACCUUUUGUUUGGGAAGCGUCGCCGACAGCACCGGAGGGAACGGCCUGGACUCCGGGGAUCGCCUUUGCCGGCCACUAGUCCUCGGAGCGUAACCUGUUCCCUCUGCGGAGACCCUCGACCGCCGGAGGGGCGAUCGGUGUUUGCCUCGGGUGAUAAAAACUUCGCAGUCACUCGACCAGAAACUGUUUUGUGCUUUGGGUGACUUAUAACUGCAGCCCCAGCCGUCUGGUGGGCUCGCCCCUCGAAGUUUCCUUUGCUGCCGAGGCUCCUGCCCGCGCCCCUCGUCUUUGUGAGGGCGGAAUGGCCAACUCGGGCCUGCAGCUGCUCGGCUUCGCCAUGGCCUUGCUGGGCUGGGUGGGCCUGGUGGUGUGCACCGCCCUCCCGCAAUGGCAGAUGAGCUCGUACGCGGGCGACAACAUCAUCACAGCCCAGGCCAUGUACAAGGGGCUGUGGAUGGACUGCGUGACGCAGAGCACGGGAAUGAUUAGCUGCAAAAUGUACGACUCGGUGCUCGCCCUGCCCGCGGCCUUUCAGGCCACCAGAGCGCUCAUGGUGGUGUCCCUCGUGCUGGGCUUCAUGGCCAUGUUCGUGGCCACGAUGGGCAUGAAGUGCACACGCUGUGGGGGAGACGACAAAGUGAAAAAGGCCCGGAUAGCCAUGACCGGAGGCAUCAUUUUCAUCGUGGCAGGUCUGGCUGCUUUGAUAGCUUGCUCCUGGUACGGCCAAAAGAUUAUCACAGACUUUUAUAACCCUUUGGUCCCCAUGAAUACUAAGUACGAGUUUGGUCCUGCCAUCUUCAUCGGCUGGGCAGGGUCUGCUCUGGUCCUCCUGGGAGGUGCACUGCUCUCUUGCUCCUGUCCUGGGAGUGAGGGAAAAGCUAGGUAUGGUGCGCCCCGCUCCUACUCUAAGCCCAGCUCUGCCAAGGAGUACGUGUGAGCUGGGACUCCGUUGCCCCAGCCUGGCAACCUAGACACUUGAAAGGACCUGGGGCAGAGCUCAGCCUGUGGGCAGGAUGCGCAGCGGCAGCCCUGGGUCACGCAGUCCUGUACACCAUGUACAGUUGUUCCCUGGGGGCUGGGGGGAGAACAAAGGAGGGGCGGAUGUGCUUUUUGUACAGUAAUAAAAAGUAUGUUUUGGAAA